AUGUAUAUGAGACAGCUUCAGAUCAGACUCAUAAAUAUCGCGGCGGCCCAGCAGUUUAGGGAGGCAAAUAAAAAUGACCUGCCACUGCGCGAGUUGGCAAAACUAGGUCCGAUCCUAAAGAGAUCCGCACAGGCAGCGCAAGAUCACGAGUACAUGAGCCGAUUUCACAACAGCCCGGACGACCCAUUUAUUGCGGCCAGCGAGCGAAUCCACGAUGACAUAUAUCUCAAAUCCGCCAUUACGCUCCAUGGCAGAGUGGCAUCCGAUGUAGCUCCUGUGGAAACAGCAAUCCCAACAGGGCCAUGGGAGGAUAGACAUAAACAGAGUGUGAAGCCCAUUGCGAGCACGAGAGGCGAAACUCGGAAGAAGGCAUUCUCAUCACGAAUUGGAGGGGCCGUGAUUGGAGGAACCUUUUUUAUUGGGCCGAUGUGGCUAACUGCGCUUAAACAAGAGAUAUAUCUUAGCCUUGGUGUAACCACGGGUUGUGUGGUUGCGUUCGGCUUGCUUAUGGCAUCGUUCGUAGGAUCACUGGAAGCUGUUUUCGCAGCUACAUUUGCCUACGCAGCCGUCCUCGUGGUAUUUGUUGGUGUUAUGAUGCAAAAUAUGAGCUCUAGCAGUUGA